AUGUGGUCCUCCAUAGCAGUUGCUUUGGUUGGUCUCUUGCUUCAACAAGCUGGGAACGAGAAUCCACAGAGUUGUAAGAAAAUGGCAGACAGGCCGGACGUGGGGGAAAUCGCCAGCUUCAAUAAGGCCAAGCUGAAGAAAAUCAAGAUGCAGGAGAAAAACACCCUGCCAACCAACGAGACCAUUGAACAGGAAAAGAGGAGUGAACUCCUAAAAGUCUAGAAAGAUUUCCCUACCCCACCCCUUCAUCUCCAAGACCCUUUCAUGAUGUGGAGGAAGAGCCACCUGCAAGAUGGAUGCGAGACACAAGCUGCACAGUGAACCGGGGCACUCCACGCCCUCGACCCUUGGUGCGGAUCCCACCCACUAAUGGGACUGCCAAAUUUCACCAGUUUGCCCUGGGAUAUUAUAGAAAAAUAUUUGUAUGAUUGAUGAAAAUAAAACACACCUUGUGGCAAAAAAAAAAAAAAGGAAAGAAAAAAGAAAAAAAAGAAAAGAGU